AUGGACACUGAGGACCAAUCGGAUCUCUGCUUCCCACAGCUAGGCAACAUCUCCUGCAGGAAGACAACCUCUGCUUGGUCUCAGAUGUUUUUUUUCACAGUGUUCCCACCCAUCACAUGCAUCCUCACUGUGCUGCUCAACCUCCUCGUCAUUAUUUCAAUCUCCCACUUCAGGCAGCUGUACACCACAACCAACCUCCUCCUCCUCUCCCUCGCCAUCUCUGACGUCCUGGCGGUCUUGACGACGUUGCCAUUUGUUAUUAACAAAAUCAAAUCCUGCUGGUUUCUUGGUGACAUUGCAUGUAGUCUGAUGAAUUACCUGGUUUUCAUUUGUCACUCUGCCUCAGUAGGAAACAUGGUGCUGAUAUCCGCCGACCGUUUUGUGGCUAUUUGUGAUCCUUUGCGUUAUACUGUCAAAGUCACCGUGAAAAAUAUUCAACUUUGUAUUUUUCUCUGUUGGUCGGCUGCUGCUAUCCAUUGUGGCAUCGUUCUGAGGGACAAAUUGGCACAUCCUGAAAUUGGUAACACUUGCCUUGGAGAGUGUAUUUGCUCUACUGACAUUAUCGGAGGGUUUCUGGAUAUUAUCGUGAACUUCCUGAUUCCUCUCGGCAUCAUUGUCAUUCUCUACACGAGAGUGUUUGUGGUUGCUGUGUCUCAAGCGAGAGCCAUGCGCUCUCACGUGAAAUGUUAUAAACUGCAAAAUUCUGCCCCUUUCAGAGCGAAGAGAUCUGAGCUGAAGGCCGCCAAGGUCCUGGGUAUUGUCGUCCUGGUCUUUCUGAUGUGUUUCUGUCCAUACAAUAUCGCCAGUCUGAUGAUUUAUCAGGAAAACGUGUGGAAUUAUGUUGCUUAUUUGUAUAGUUUGAACUCGUGUUUGAACCCUUUGAUAUACGCUGUAUUCUACCCCUGUUUUAGAAGAGCUUUUAAGCACAUUGUCACUUUGCGCAUAUUACAGCCUGGCUCCUGUGAAGCCAAUAUACUGUAA